AAGCAACUUCAGACAGUUCUGGCAGAGCUCAGCUUCCCGUUUCGCUGAAAGCUCCUUGAGAUUUGCAGGACGAGAGUCUGGGAAGCUUCGAGGCUUCCUGUGUGGUAGGCUGACCCCUCACCUGACACUUCCAGAACACUAGCCUGUGAAGGCCCCCCACCCCUCAGAAAGAGUCUUGAAAAGCGGAGCCCCAAGUCUUUCCCUGAAGUCUCUCAUGGCUAAGUCACUUGACAACCUUGACAAGCAGCAGAAAAGCUCCUAGAAAACAAAACAGGAGGAAGAAGAGAGAAGGCGAAGGCUGAAGCCUCCUCUAUGGCUUUUAUUUUUCCCUCCCCGCUGUCGUUCCAGCUGUAGCCUGGGAUUAAUUAAGUGCUGUGAAUUCAGUGCCUUGAGAGAGAAGAGGGAAAAUGCACUGUAUCUCUAAGGAAGGAAGGAGUCCAGAGACAGUUUCUCAGCAGUGAGGAACCUUAGGUGGUGCAUCGGUCUCCUCUCAUUGCCAGUGUUUUGUGAAGGGGCUGGGAAAGCCAGAGAGGCUGUGCCAGGCUGGAGGAGGCUUGUCUUUCCAAGCCUGGAAAGGAUUUCACGCGGGUUUGCCUGCAGCUGCCCGGGAAGAAAUUCCCCUCUGGUGGCCGCAGCAGCAGCAGCAGCAGCAGCAGCAGCAGCAGCAGCAGCAGCAGCAGCAGCAGCAGCAGCAGUGACGGCCGCGGCAGCCCUACCUCCUCUUCUGGGGAACAGGGCAGAAUGCCUGUGCUAGAGCGGUACUUCCACUCUGCAGAACUAGGCAGGAGGUGGACAACCCCAGAAGGUGUGCGGCUCUCCUCCCUUGGUAGCAGGCCGGGGUGCCAGCAGGGGCCGCUACCCUGGGACUUGUCAGAGAUGAUCAGGAUGGUAAAGCUGGUCUGGAAGUCCAAAAGUGAGCUACAGGCAACCAAACCGAGAAGUAUUCUGGAAACGGAAGAUGCUUUUCACAGCUUCCCAGGAGAUGUACGACUAAGGGGUCAGACGGGGGUUCCUGCCGAACGCCGCGGCUCCUACCCAUUCAUUGACUUCCGUCUACUUAACAAUACAACACACUCAGGGGAAAUUGGCACCAAGAAAAAGGUGAAACGACUGUUAAGUUUCCAAAGAUACUUCCACGCAUCUAGGCUUCUCCGUGGGAUUAUACCACAGGCCCCCCUCCACCUACUGGAUGAAGACUACCUUGGGCAAGCAAGGCAUAUGCUUUCCAAGGUUGGAAUGUGGGACUUUGACAUUUUCUUGUUUGAUCGCCUGACAAAUGGGAACAGUCUGGUAACUCUGUUGUGUCACCUGUUCAACACCCAUGGCCUCAUCCACCACUUCAAGCUGGAUAUGGUGACCUUACACAGGUUUUUGGUCAUGGUUCAGGAAGAUUACCACGGCCACAACCCGUACCACAAUGCUGUCCACGCAGCCGAUGUCACCCAGGCCAUGCACUGUUACCUGAAGGAACCAAAGCUGGCCAGCUUCCUCACACCUCUAGACAUCAUGCUUGGACUACUGGCUGCAGCAGCUCAUGACGUCGACCACCCAGGGGUGAACCAGCCGUUUUUGAUCAAAACUAACCACCACCUUGCCAACCUGUAUCAGAAUAUGUCUGUACUGGAGAAUCACCACUGGCGAUCUACAAUCGGCAUGCUUCGGGAAUCGAGGCUUCUGGCUCACUUGCCAAAGGAAAUGACACAGGAUAUCGAACAGCAGCUGGGCUCCCUGAUCUUGGCCACAGACAUCAACAGACAGAACGAGUUUCUGACGCGCUUGAAAGCUCACCUCCACAAUGAAGACUUGAGACUGGAGAGUGCACAGGACAGACACUUUAUGCUUCAGAUCGCCUUGAAGUGUGCCGACAUUUGCAAUCCUUGUCGAAUCUGGGAGAUGAGCAAGCAGUGGAGUGAAAGGGUCUGUGAAGAAUUCUACAGGCAAGGUGACCUUGAACAGAAAUUUGAACUGGAAAUCAGUCCUCUUUGUAAUCAACAGGAAGAUUCAAUCCCUAGCAUACAAAUUGGUUUCAUGACUUACAUCGUGGAGCCGCUCUUCCGGGAGUGGGCCCGGUUCACCGGAAACAGCACCCUGUCGGAGAGCAUGCUGAGCCAUCUCGCCCACAACAAAGCGCAGUGGAAGAGCCUGCUGUCCAAGCAGCACAGACGCAGGGGCAGCGGACAGGACGCUGCGGGCCCUGCAUCUGAGACCCUGGAGCAGACGGAAGGCGCCUCGCCCUAGGGCAGCCACCGGGUCCGCAGGAGCGCGGCCAUCGUGCCCUCGACAUAAGCCCACCACUCUGGGUUUCGAAUGCCACCCGCCUGGCAUUCACCGCCUCCCUUCGUUGAUCCAAGUGUACAGAAGCCAUUGUCACCUCAGCAUUAGCUGCCGAAAUGAGCGGCCCCAUCCUGUCAUUGGAGCUGAUUCUGGGGCGGCUUGUCUGACCGAAGAGACUGGGAGUAAGGAAAGGGUGCUUCUGCCUCGGCCCCCUCUGGCCCUUGGUCACACUGACGGGCAGUGGCCCCUAAGUCCAGAGCAGUUUCAGGUUCGCCAUCUGACAGCUGACCUGCAUGACAACACCAGCAUACUUGGAACCUGCAAGAUUGGUCUUAAGUGCCAGAGCACAAACAGGAGUAUGUGAGAGAGUACCUUCUAUUUUAAUAAUAGUUACUAUUAUUAUAAAAUAAUAAUAAAUCUUUUUAACUUUUAUAUUUCAUGCACCAGACAAUGGGUCUAAAACUUUGGACUAAGACUACUCAGUGUACCCAAACCUAAGAGGGGGUUCCUUGUUUUGCUGUUGACUCUGGGCCACUUUGUGUCAGAGACGUGGCGCCUUUGCGGCUUCUGAAGCCCGGAUUGCCCUCCCGGCCGGCGGAAGGUGCUGUACAGUCAUUCCUUUGCACCGCUAGCCAAUCUGUCUUUUACGGAUUCAGCGACCUGUUUAUAGUCACACAUGUACAUUUUUCUGUAAAUACCAAACGCCACUGAUUCCCAUGCCAAAAUACACGAGUAUUAUGGGAUUGCUACCUGUAUAAACAAUGGCACUGUGAACAGAAUACUGUUAGUUUUAAUACAAGAGAAUGCGUUUUGUAAAUAUGGUUUAGAGUUUAUUAAUAUACUGUUGUUCGCAGAUAAAGGCCUUAACUUUAAACUUCUUUCCUCUCCCCCAAUGCUGCCCAACCUCAAUCCUUACAGAUGUCUUUCUAACUGCCUGCUCCCAAUGACCAUCUCUCUGAUUUCCUGAUAAGGUCACAAGCCCAAACUGAGCACCAUCUUGAAGGAAACUUUUUUUUUUUUUAACUUCUCAUGCAUUCCUCUUGAGACCGUAGUUUUUAGUCUGUGGCACCAAGUAUGGUUUCCUCAGAUUAAUGAUAUCCUGUCAGCAAGGC